AUGGAAGAUGCACGGCCCACGGCUGGCGGCGACGUCGCCGCCGCAAGCAUGCUUGCGCCGCAGGAAAUCUACAAGCCGGGCGAUGCGCAGAGCAAGACGGAAAUCGUCACAAAGAGCGGCAUGCCCGUUGCCCGCGAAGAAAUGUCGCGCGAGGAGAAGCUGUCGAGGCGGCGCCGCGCAAAGGAGAGGGCCAAGAAGGCCGGUCUGAACAAGCCCAAGCCAACUACCACUGCUGAGCCCAAGGACACCAAGAAGAGAGGCGACAAGAAACAAUUGCUCGGCGACCUCAAGAAGGGCGGCGUCCAGAUCAUCGGGCGCAAGGGCGCGCUGACAGACGUCGAGGGCAACGAGGUCAAGGAUGCGGUUACCAAGGGCGCGGGAAGCUAUAAGCUGUAG